CUCCUCCCCUCUUGAAAUGACAGGUGACUGUGAGACUGUCCCUGUGGCACAGGUUUAUUUGCAGACGGUGUUUUGCUUAAGGUGUAUCUGUGUUUUAGAGAAAACUAUUAAUGUGCCGAUUUCUUCAUCGUAGGUAUUUAUUACAGUAUCAGGAACCAAUCCCUUGUGAGCAGUUGGUCACAGCCCUGUGCGAUAUCAAACAAGCUUAUACACAGUUUGGAGGAAAACGUCCCUUCGGUGUUUCGUUGCUUUACAUCGGCUGGGAUAAGCACUAUGGCUUUCAGCUCUACCAGAGUGACCCUAGUGGGAAUUACGGAGGAUGGAAAGCCACGUGCAUUGGAAACAAUAGUGCUGCAGCUGUGUCGAUGUUAAAACAAGACUACAAAGAAGGUGAAAUGACCUUGAAGUCCGCACUUGCUUUAGCUAUCAAAGUCCUAAAUAAGACCAUGGAUGUGAGUAAACUCUCUGCUGAAAAAGUGGAGAUCGCCACCCUGACAAGAGAGAACGGGAAGACGGUCAUCAGGGUCCUCAAGCAAAAAGAAGUGGAGCAAUUGAUCAAAAACCACGAGGAGGAGGAAGCUAAAGCGGAGCGGGAGAAGAAAGAAAAAGAGCAGAAAGAGAAGGAUAAAUAGAAGGAGAACCAGGGGUUUUGUAGCUCACGUGGGGCCAUUUCAGUGUCCUUGCCGUCCUUUGCACCCUGAGAAAGCUGCGCUUGUUUCGCUCAUGUGGGGACACGCGGGCGGCACCAGCUGUGUCAGGUCCUUGCUGUCUCUGUCCAGUUGAAUCCUGUAAUGGCGAUGAUUCGUCGUGGACGCCCUCGUCCCUCCUUGUUUUGGGUAAUAAAACUUGGAAAGAAUGGAAG